CCCGACGGGGGCGAGGCGGGGCGACUGGUGUACUCCAUGGAUGCCCUGAUGAACAGCCGCUCGCGGGAGCUCUUCAGCAUCGACCCGCGGGCCGGGCUCAUCACCACCACGCAGGCCCUUGACCGCGAGAGCAUGGACCUGCACUACUUCCGCGUGACAGCCGCCGACCACGGGGCGCCCCGGCUCUCUGCCACCACCAUGGUGGCCAUCGCCGUGGCCGACCGCAACGACCACGACCCGGUCUUUGAGCAGGGCGAGUACCGGGAGACCAUCCGGGAGAACGUGGAGGAGGGAUACCCCAUCCUGCAGCUGCGGGCCACCGACGUUGACUCCCCACCCAAUGCCAAUAUCCGCUACCGCUUUGUCAAUGAGCGGGCCGCCCACGCCGUCUUCGAGAUCGACCCCCGCUCCGGCCUUAUCACCACCAGUGGGCCGGUGGACAGGGAGAAGAUAGAGAGGUACUCCUUGGUGGUGGAGGCCAAUGACCAGGGGAGGGAGCCAGGGCCCCGUUCUGCCACGGUCAAGGUCUACAUCACGGUCCUUGAUGAGAACGACAACACCCCUCAGUUCAGCGAGAAGCGCUACAUCGUCCAGGUGAGGGAGGACAUACGGCCCCACACUGAGAUCCUGCGUGUCACCGCCACGGACCUUGACAAGGACAACAACGCGCUGGUCCACUACAACAUAAUCAGCGGGAACAGCCGGGGCCAGUUCUCCAUUGACAGCGUCACUGGGGAGAUACAGGUGGUGGCCCCGCUGGAUUUUGAGGUGGAGAGGGAGUACGCCCUGAGGAUCCGGGCUCAGGAUGCGGGGCGCCCUCCCCUCUCUAACAACACUGGCAUGGCCAGCAUCCAGGUGGUGGACAUCAACGACCAUGCCCCCAUCUUUGUCAGCACCCCUUUCCAAAUCUCUGUCCUAGAGAAUGCUCCCCUCGGCCACUCAGUUAUCCACAUCCAGGCUGUGGACGCAGACUACGGUGAGAACUCGCGCCUGGAGUACAAACUGACGGGGGUCUCGGCUGACACACCCUUUGUGGUGAACAGUGCCACAGGGUGGAUCACAGUCAGUGGGCCCUUAGACCGGGAGUCAGUCGAGCACUAUUUUUUUGGGGUAGAGGCUCGGGACCAUGGCUCUCCAUCUUUAUCUGCCUCUGCCAGUGUCACCAUUACUGUCAUGGAUGUCAACGACAAUCGUCCUGAAUUCACCCAGAAGGAGUACUUCAUCCGCCUGAAUGAGGACGCAGCCGUGGGGACCAGCGUCCUCAGCGUCACGGCAAUUGACCGGGAUGUGAACAGUGCCAUCACCUACCAGAUCACAGGAGGUAACACGCGGAACCGCUUUUCCAUCAGCACGCAAGGUGGGAUGGGGCUCAUCACUCUGUCUCUGCCGCUGGACUACAAGCAGGAGAGGCGAUACGUGCUCACUGUGACGGCCUCUGACCGCACCCUGCGUGACAACUGCCACGUUCACAUCAACAUCACUGAUGCCAACACGCACCGGCCCGUGUUCCAGAGUGCCCACUACUCUGUGAGCAUCAAUGAGGACCGGCCUGUGGGCAGCACCGUGGUGGUGAUCAGUGCCACAGACGAUGAUGUGGGGGAAAAUGCCCGCAUCACAUACUACCUAGAAGACAACGUCCCUCAGUUUCGCAUUGAUCCAGACUCCGGGGCCAUCACUCUCCAGGCAGAACUGGACUAUGAGGACCAGGUCACUUACACGUUGGCUAUCACUGCCAAGGACAAUGGGAUCCCACAGAAAGCGGACACCACCUACGUUGAAAUCAUGGUGAAUGAUGUUAAUGACAAUGCCCCGCAGUUUGUCAGCCCUCAUUACCAGGGCAUGAUCUCUGAGGACGCACCUCCCUUCACCAGCGUGCUCCAGAUCUCUGCCACUGAUCGGGAUGCCCACACCAACGGGCGAGUGCAGUACACCUUCCAGAACGGGGAGGAUGGGGAUGGAGACUUCACCAUAGAGCCCACCUCGGGGAUCAUUCGGACUGUCCGCAGGCUGGACCGUGAGAACGUUCCCGUCUACGAGCUGACUGCGUACGCUGUGGAUAGGGGCAUCCCUCCUCAGCGAACUCCUGUCCAUAUCCAGGUUACCAUUCAGGAUGUGAAUGACAACGCCCCUGUCUUUCCCGCUGAAGAGUUUGAGGUCUUGGUAAAGGAGAACAGCAUCGUAGGCUCUGUCGUGGCCCAAAUCACAGCCGUCGACCCGGAUGAGGGACCCAAUGCCCAGAUCAUGUACCAAAUUGUGGAAGGCAACAUCCCUGAGAUAUUCCAGAUGGACAUCUUUUCUGGGGAGCUUACAGCCUUGAUAGACCUGGAUUAUGAGACAAAACCUGAGUACGUGAUUGUAGUGCAGGCCACCUCUGCCCCUCUGGUCAGCAGAGCCACGGUCCACAUCAAACUCAUUGACCAGAAUGACAACAGCCCUGUUCUCAAGAACUUCCAGAUCCUGUUCAAUAACUAUGUGUCUAAUAAGUCCAACACCUUCCCCUCGGGGGUUAUAGGGAAGGUCCCAGCUUAUGACCCAGAUGUGUCCGACCGCCUCUUCUACACCUUUGAGCGGGGAAAUGAACUGCACUUGUUGAUUGUAAAUCAAUCGAGCGGGGAGCUGAGGCUGAGCCGUAAGCUGGACAACAACCGCCCGCUUGUGGCCUCCAUGCUGGUGACCGUCACAGAUGGGAUCCACAGCGUGACAGCCCAGUGCGUCCUGCGGGUGAUCAUCAUCACGGAGGACAUGUUGGCUAACAGCAUCACGGUGCGGCUGGAGAACAUGUGGCAAGAGCGCUUCCUCUCCCCGCUGCUGUCCACCUUCCUGGAAGGGGUGGCCACCGUGCUCGCGACGCCCAAGGAGGAUGUCUUCAUUUUCAACAUCCAGAAUGACACGGACGUGGGCGGCACGGUGCUCAACGUCAGCUUCUCGGCCCUGGCACCGCGGGGCGGGCGCUACUUCAGCUCAGAGGAGCUGCAGGAGCAGCUGUACAUGAAGCGCAUGGCGCUGACAGGCGCCUCCAUGCUGGAGGUGCUGCCCUUUGAUGACAACGUCUGCCUGCGGGAGCCCUGCCAGAACUACAUGAAGUGCAUCUCUGUCCUCAAGUUCGACAGCUCGGCCCCCUUCAUCGCAUCCCCCUCCACCCUCUUUCGGCCCAUCCACCCCAUCACUGGCCUGCGGUGCCGCUGCCCGCAGGGCUUCACUGGGGACUACUGCGAAACGGAGAUCAACCUCUGCUACUCCAACCCCUGCCUGAAUGGUGGGAUCUGCACCCGCAAGGAGGGGGGAUACACAUGCGUUUGCCGCCAGCACUUCAGCGGAGAGAACUGCGAAGUGGACAGCCGCUCGGGGCGCUGUGUGCCCGGCGUGUGCCGCAAUGGCGGCACCUGCACCAACGGCUCCGAUGGGGGCUUUCGCUGCCAGUGCCCGGCGGGUGGCUUCGAGACACCCUUCUGCGAGGUGUCCACACGCUCCUUCCCACCGCGAUCCUUCGUCAUGUUCCGGGGCCUGCGCCAGCGCUUCCACCUCACCCUCACCCUCUCGUUCAGCACUGUGGAGCCCAGCGGCCUCCUGCUCUACAAUGGGCGCCUGAACGAGAGGCACGACUUCCUGGCGGUGGAGAUCAUCCAGGGGCAGGUCCAGCUGAAAUACUCCACAGGAGAGUCCAGCACAGUGGUGAGCCCCUACCUGCCGGGGGGUGUGAGUGAUGGGCAGUGGCACACGCUGCAGCUCCGCUACUACAACAAGCCCAAGGUCAGCGCCCUGGGGGUGGUGCAGGGCCCCUCCAAGGACAAGGUGGCCAUCUUGACAGUGGAUGAAUGUGACGCCUCAGUGGCCCUGCAGUUUGGCAGUGAAAUUGGGAACUACUCCUGUGCUGCAGAGGGUGUGCAGACCAGCUCGAAGAAGUCCCUGGACCUCACAGGUCCAUUGCUCCUCGGAGGGGUCCCCAACUUGCCGGAAAACUUCCCUGUUACUCACCGGGACUUUGUGGGAUGCAUGAGAGACCUGUACAUUGACAGCAAACGCAUCGACCUGGCCUCCUACAUUGCCAACAACGGAACUGCUGCAGGCUGCCAUGCCAAGCACACGUUCUGUGACUCCAGCCCCUGCAAGAAUGGCGGCACCUGUUCUGUCAGCUGGGGGACCUACUCCUGCCUCUGUCCUGUUGGCUUCGGGGGCAAAGACUGCCGCCACCCCAUGCACCAUGCCCACUAUUUCCAGGGCAACAGCGUCCUGACCUGGGACUUCAAGACAGAUGUGAAGAUCUCAGUGCCGUGGUACCUGGGGCUGGCAUUUCGGACGCGCCAGCCGGAUGGGGUGCUUCUGCAGGCCCAUGCCGGCCAGUAUACCACCCUGCUCUGCCAGCUGGCUGGGGGCCUGCUCUCCUUCAUGGUGAGCAGGGGGUCCGGCCGCAGCACCAGCCUCCUCCUGGACCAGCUGCGGCUCAGCGAUGGGAGAUGGCACGACCUCCAGCUGGAGCUGCGGGAUGUCCGCAGUGGGCGAGACUCACGCUACGUCAUCACUCUCACCCUGGACUUUGGGCUCUACCAGGACACGGUGGUUGUUGGAAAUGAACUGCAUGGCCUGAAGGUGAAACACCUGCAUGUGGGGGGAGUCCUGGGAUCUGGCGAGGUGCAGAACGGGCUGAGGGGCUGCAUACAGGGUGUGCGACUGGGUGACAGCAUCACCGGGACCGCGCUGCCCAAGCCCAGCCAUGCCCUGCGGGUAGAGGCUGGCUGCAGCGUGCCAAGCCCCUGUGACUCCAGUCCCUGCCCGGCCAACAGUAUCUGCAAGGACGAGUGGCAGAGCUACUCCUGCGUCUGCCAGCCAGGGUACUAUGGAGGGGACUGUGUGGAUGUGUGUCACCUCAACCCCUGCAAGAACAAGUCGGUGUGUCGCCGCAAGCCAGGCUCACCCCUGGGCUAUGUGUGCGAGUGUGGAGGGAACUUUUUCGGGCAGUACUGCGAGCACAGGAUGGACCAGCAGUGUCCGAAGGGCUGGUGGGGGAACCCCACCUGUGGGCCCUGUAACUGUGAUGUGAACAAGGGCUUUGACCCCGACUGCAAUAAAACCAACGGGCAGUGCCACUGCAAGGACUUCCAUUACCGCCCCAAAGGUAGCGACACCUGCCUGCCUUGCGACUGCUACCCCGUGGGCUCCACCUCGCGCUCCUGUGACAAGGAGACGGGCCGGUGCCACUGCCGGCCCGGGGUCAUCGGGCGCCAGUGCAAUAGCUGCGACAGCCCUUUUGCCGAGGUGACGCCCAGUGGCUGUGAGGUGCUCUAUGACGGCUGCCCCAAAAGCCUGAAGGCAGGUGUGUGGUGGCCCCAGACCAAGUUUGGCUUCUCAGCUGCGGUGCUGUGUCCCAAAGGCUCCUUGGGUGCAGCCAUCAGACGCUGUGAUGAGGAAAAGGGCUGGGUGGAGCCUGAUCUCUUCAACUGCACUUCACCUGCCUUCAAGGAGCUCUCCAUGCUGCUGGAGGGCUUGGAGAGGAACGAGACUGAGCUCAACACAAUUGAAGCCAAGAAGCUGGCCCACCGGCUCCGGGCCGUGACAGACCACAUGGACCACUACUUUGGCAACGAUGUGCACAUCACUUUCCGCCUGCUAUCCCGCCUCAUGGCCUUUGAGAGCCGGCAGCGUGGCUUUGGCCUGACAGCCACACAGGAUGCCCACUUCAAUGAGAACCUGCUGCGCGCAGGCAGCUCUGUGCUGGCACCUGAGAACCGGGAGCACUGGGCCAUGCUGCCACACAGUGAGCACGGCAGCGCCAGCCUCAUGGAGCAGCUGCGGGACUACUCGGGCACGCUGGCCAGCAACAUGAAACUCACCUACCUCAACCCCGUUGGCGUCGUCACCCCCAACAUCAUGCUGAGCAUUGAUCGCAUGGAGAACCACUCCCAUAUCCGCCGACGCUACCCUCGCUACCACAGCAGCCUCUUCCGGGGCCAGCCUGCCUGGGACCCCCACACCCAUGUUGUGCUGCCACUGUCGGUGCUGAGCCCCCCAAAAGUUGAAGCUGCCCCCACGGCGGUGCCCACACUGGCUGGGGGCGAAGGGAACUACACUGUGGAGAACUCCUCCCCGAGGCAGGCGCUGCCAGAGCCUGAGCCUGCUUUCACUGUGAUCAUCCUCAUCAUGUACCGCACCCUGGGGGGGCUGCUGCCUGCGCGCUAUCAGGUGGAUCGCCGCAGCAUCAGGCUCCCCAAGAAUCCCGUGAUGAACUCCCCCAUCGUGAGUGUGUCUGUGUUCAGCAAUCACACCUUCCUGCGGGGGCCCCUGGACACCCCUCUUGUGCUGGAGUUUCGCCUGCUGGAGACGGCCAACAGGAGCAAACCUCUCUGCGUCCAGUGGAACCACUCCAACCCGACCAAUCCCUCUGGCUUCUGGACAGCCAGGGACUGCGAACUUGUGUACCGAAACACCACACACGUCCACUGCCAGUGCUCCCAGUUUGGCACCUUUGGGGUUCUGAUGGACAGCUCGCACCGAGAGCAACUGGAAGGUGACCUGGAGACACUGGCAAUCGUCACCUAUUCCUUGGUGUCUCUCUCCUUGGUGGCUCUGCUGCUGACCUUCUCCUUCCUGACCUGCCUCAAAGGCCUCAAGUCCAACACACGUAGCAUCCACUCCAACAUAACAGUCACCCUCUUCUUCUCUGAGCUGCUCUUUCUCCUGGGCAUCAACCGCACCGAGAACCAGGUCUGUGGGCUUGAACAAGCAUGCCCAUGGGGGUGGGGGCGAGGCAUGGAUGGUGCAUUUCUUUGCACUGUGAUUGCCAUCCUCCUCCACUGCUUCUUCCUCUCCACCUUCGCCUGGCUCUUUGUCCAGGGCCUCCACAUCUACCGCAUGCAGACCGAAGCCCGCAAUGUCAACUUCGGGGCCAUGCGUUUCUACUAUGCCAUCGGCUGGGGAGUGCCUGCCAUCAUCACCGGGCUGGCUGUUGGCCUGGAUCCUGAGGGCUACGGGAACCCUGACUUCUGCUGGAUUUCCAUUCAUGAUAAGCUGGUCUGGAGCUUUGCAGGCCCCAUUACUGUCGUCAUUGUGAUGAAUGGGGUCAUGUUCCUGCUUGUGGCCAAGACAUCCUGUUCCCCAGGCCAAAAGGAGACCAAGAAGAAAUCGGUCCUCAUGACGUUACGGAGCUCCUUUGUUCUGCUUCUAGUUAUUAGCACUACCUGGCUCUUUGGCCUCUUGGCUGUCAACAACAGUGUCCUGGCUUUCCACUACCUCUACACUGUCCUCUGCAGCCUCCAGGGCCUGGCUGUGCUGGUCCUGUUCUGCGUGCUGAACGAGGAGGUGCGGGAGGCCUGGAAGCUGGCCUGCCUUGGCAAGAAGGGGCAGAGCGAGGAGGCCACGAGGAGCACUCAGGGCCCCAACGCCUACAACAACACAGCGCUCUUUGAGGAGAGCGGGCUCAUCCGCAUCACCCUGGGGGCCUCCACCAUCUCGUCAGUGAGCAGCGUGCGCUCUGCCCGCACCCACUCCAGCCAGCGGGCUUACCUCAGAGACAACAUGACGGCGCGUCAGGGCUCAGCCCUGGAUCACAGCCUGCUGGCUCACGCCGGCCCCACAGACAUCGAUGUGGCCAUGUUCCAUCGUGAUGCUGGGGGAGACCAGGACUCGGACUCGGACAGUGACCUGUCUCUGGACGAAGAGCGCAGCCUCUCCAUCCCGUCCUCGGAGAGCGAGGAGAACGUGCGCCUGCGGGGCCGCUUCCAGCGUCAGUUCAAGCGGGCGGCACACAGCGAACGCCUCCUCACUAACCCCGCCAACACCACUCCCAAAGACAUGGAUGGCAACGACCUCAUGUCGUACUGGCCGGCUCUGGGUGAGUGCGAGGUUCACCCCUGCUCCCUGCAGAAGUGGGGCUCCGAGCGGAAGCUGGGAUUCGACAUCAACAAGGAUGCGGCCAACAAUAAUCAGCCAGACCUGGCCUUGACCAGCGGGGACGAGAACUCCCUCACCCAGACCCAACGGCAAAGAAAAGGGAUUUUGAAGAACCGCCUCCAGUACCCUCCGACUCUCCAAGGCUUGCCAUCCGUUGGCAGGAUGACCAACGAGCUGACAUGGUACAAGACCUCCACGCUGGGUCACAGGGCUGUCCCUGCCGCCUCCUACGGCAGGAUCUACUCUGGGGCAGGCAGUCUAUCGCAGCCAGCCAGCCGGUACUCAUCACGGGAGCAGCUUGACAUGCUGAUGAGGAGGCAGAUGUCCCGGGAGCAGCUGAGCAGACACAACUCAGGAGAGUGCUUGGAAGCCAUGCCCAGCCGGCAUGGUCAGAGAGAUCAUGGGAACACACUGCCCCGGAGGCAGGACUCCAGAGACCACCUUGACACUUUACCCUGCAGAUUUGGGUCAAGAGAGCAGCUAGACUGUGGGCCAGUAAGAGAGGUCUCUAGAGAGUGGCUAAAUACAUUGCCAAGUAGGCAAAUGUCCAGAGACCGAAUAGACACAUUGCCAAGUCGAGAUACUUCUCGAGAACAAUUGGAUUUGCUUUCUAGAAGACAGCCUUCAAGGGACCAGCUAGCAUCGGCUAGACAAACUUCAAGGGAGCAGCUGGACUUUCUCUCCAGAAGAUCUAAUUCCAGAGAGCCUCUGGACACAGUGCCUAGCAGGCAUCCCUCGCAGGACAACCUGGGGAGUCUCUCUAGGAGGCAGCUGUCUAGGGAAAGCCUAGAGCCGUUGUCAAGGAGACAGCCUUCUAGAGAGAACCUGGAGGCCGUUCCCAGCCGACAUCCUUCCACUGAACAGUUAGAUAUCCUUUCUUCCAUCCUUGCUUCUUUUAACUCCUCCGUCCUGUCCUCGGUGCAAUCUUCCAGCACGCCUUCAGGCCCGCAGACCACUGCCACCCCCUCUGCCGUGCAGACCUCCUCGACGCCCUCCGCAAUGUGCCCUUUGACGCCUCGCUCUGCCACCUCCCACAGCAUUUCGGAGCUGUCGCCAGACUCAGAGGGGGUUGGUUUCGGGGGAGAGAGCUGUGUAAGGUGGGCUGGCACACGGGAGGGCUGGGCGGCCAUGGCGGCGGAGAUGGUGCUGAGCCACCGGGUGCCCCACAAGGUGCUGAGUGAGGCCGACCUGGAGGAGGUGGCGCAGCGGAAACCUCCUGCCAAGCCCUCACUGCGUGGCUGUCUCCGCAAGACCAGGGAGGACCAUGCCGGCCGGAGGGGUGUGCGGGCCCCGCCGGAGGUGGCGCAGCGGAAACCUCCUGCCAAGCCCUCGCUGCGUGGCUGUCUCCGCAAGACCAGAUGCUCAGCCUCCACCGCCAAGUCCCUGCUCUUCCGAUUCCUGCCCUUCCUGCACUGGCUGCCCCGCUACCCAGUCAAGGACUGGCUCCUGGGGGACAUCGCCUCGGGCUUCAGCGUGGGCAUCAUGCACCUGCCCCAGGGCCUCGCCUACGCACUGCUGGCCGGGCUGCCGCCUGUCACCGGUCUCUAUUCCUCCUUUUACCCUGUCUUCCUCUACUUCUUCUUCGGGACGUCCAGGCACAACUCCGUGGAGGUCCUGGUGCUGACCUUGGGCUCCCUGCCCACACCCUGCCUGUCCCCAGGCCCCUUUGCUGUCAUCUCCGUCAUGAUCGGGAGUCUGACAGACUCCCUGGUGCCCAGUGAGAACUUCCUGGAGUCCGUCAACGGCACCAACACCACGAUAGUCAAUGAGGAACGGCGUGAUGCUGCCAGGGUGGAGCUGGUGGCCACCAUCACUGUCCUGACAGGCAUCUUCCAGGUGGCCCUGGGCCUCCUGCAGUUUGGCUUCGUGGUGACCUACCUCUCGGACCCGCUGGUGCGUGGCUAUACCACUGCUGCCUCUGUGCAUGUCCUCGUCUCCCAGCUCAAGAACGUCUUUGGGGUCUCCCUGGGCGAGCACUCAGGGCCGCUCUCGCUGUUCGUGACCUUCAUCGAGAUCUGCCAGAAGCUGCCAGAGACCAAUGUGGGCACCCUGGUGACGGCCAUCAUUGCCAUGGUGGCCAUCUUCAUCGUGAAAGAGCUCAACCACAAGUUCGCUGCCAAGCUGCCCAUGCCCAUCCCCAUUGAGCUUGUCACGAUCAUCAUCUCUACCGGCAUCUCCUACGGCGUCAACCUGAACGCCAAGUUUGGCAUCUCCGUGGUGGGCAACAUCCCCAGCGGGUUGAAGCCGCCUGUGGUCCCUAACGUCAGCUACUUUGGGCAGGUGGCGGGCAACGCCUUUGCCAUUGCCGUGGUGGGCUACGCCAUCUGCAUCUCCCUGGGCAAGAUCUUUGCCCUGAAGCAUGGCUACAAAGUGGACAGCAACCAGGAGCUGAUCGCACUGGGCCUCUGCAACUUCCUGGGGGGCUUCUUCCAGUGUUUCGCCAUCAGCUGCUCCAUGUCGCGGAGCCUGGUGCAGGAGAGCACAGGAGGCAACAGUCAGGUAGCUGGUGUCAUCGCAUCCCUGGUCAUCCUGGUGACCAUUCUGAAGAUCGGAGAGCUCUUCCGGGACCUGCCCAAGGCCAUCUUGGCUGCCAUCAUCAUCGUCAACCUCAAGGGCAUGUUCAAGCAGUUCAAUGACCUCCGCGUGCUCUGGAAGUCCAACCGGGUGGACCUGAUGGUCUGGAUUGUGACAUUUGUGGCCACCCUCAUGCUGAACUUGGACAUUGGCCUGGGGGCCUCGGUGGUCUUUGGACUGCUCACUGUCAUCUUCCGCACCCAGCUCCCCCACUACUCCAUCCUGGGGCGCAUCGCUGACACCGAUGUCUACAGGGACGUGGCUGAAUACCAGAUGGCACAGGAGGUCCCCGGUGUGAAGAUCUUCUCCUCCUCCUCCACCCUCUAUUUUGCCAAUGUGGAGCUGUACGCCGACGCCCUGAAGAAGAAGAGCGGCAUCAACGUGGACCGCCUGAUCGAGAAGAAGAAGAAGGCCCUCAAGAAGCUGAAGAAACAGCAGAAGAAGGCUGAGAAGGAGAAGGCAAAGAGGCAAAAGGUGCUUCCCCGCUGCAGGGGUCCCCUCUGGGUUAAUGGUCCGGGCGUGGCGGUGAUUGAGCUGAGUGGGGCGGAGGACAGCACACCACCCGAGCCCACCCUGCGCACCCUGGGGCUGCCCCAGCCCGGCUUCCAUGCCAUCAUCCUGGACUUCAGCCCUGUCAACUUCGUGGACACCGUCUCCAUCAAGAUCCUGAAGAACAUCUUCAGGGAUUUCCGUGAGAUAGAAGUGGACGUCUUCGUUGCCGGCUGCCCGGUGGCCGUCCUCACCCAGCUGGAGCGGGGCAACUUCUUCAGCUCGGCCAUCACCAAGCACUGCUUCUUCCCCUCGGUGCACGCCGCCAUGAUCCACAUCAGCAGGGAGCGGCACCAGGCCUCGGCAGCUUUAUUGACUUUGACAAGGAACCGAGGUGCCGCCACCUAUGCCCAGACACUCCAUAAUAUCCCUGAGACCCAAGUCACCACUCUGGACAAUGGUCUCCGUGUAGCUUCAGAGGAGUCCAAUCAGCCAACAUGUACGGUGGGUGUGUGGAUUGGGGUAGGGAGCCGCCAUGAAGACGAGAAGAACAACGGGGCUGGUUACUUCCUGGAACAUCUGGCCUUUAAGUGUAAGUGUCUGCUGAACAGCCCUAAGGCAGAAGGCAUCUAA